AUGAUCCCGUCUUAUGGUAAGAAAGCUUCGAUUCCUACCUUGGCCAAUCUUGUUGCAUCACUUCCUCAGUUUCAACAUCCUUUUACUACCACUAUCAUUCGUAGAAGUCCUGAGCUAGCGAGUGCUUCCGACGAAGAAACCGUUGGCAAAUAUCGUUCUCAUAUAAUGGAGGGUAUUCGUCUACUUAAUGAAGUAUUUGCUCAUACCAAGAAAGCACAUGAACUCUGGAAAAGGGUGCAAGGGAUUUCUGAAGGGAAUGUUCUUCUUGUGAAUGACCUAAGUGAAAGUAUUCGCUACCAAAAUGAGUUGAAGAAUUUGAAUACCGAUCUUCAGAUCAAAGCAGAUUAUGCCAUUGGUUAUCGUUUGGUGCUCUCUAGAGAAUUGGAGGAGAAGACUCAACAAUUUUAG